AUGAGCGAAUAUAAGCUGUCUGCCUCCCUCAUAGGCCAUGAGGAUGAUGUCCGCGCUGUCAUAUCUCCUACAGCAAACGCUAUAAUAUCCGCGUCACGCGAUGGAACAGUACGCCUGUGGAAGCUUCUCUCGAAUAGCCCGCCACUAUACGAUGCGGUGAUCUCCUCGAACUCCACAAGCUUUGUGAACAGUCUUGCAUAUCUUCAACCAAGCGACGAUUUCCCCGAUGGUUUGAUCAUAUCUGGUGGAAAGGAUACGGUUAUUGAGGUGCGGAAUCCGGCCAAAGGUCCUGAAGACAGCGCUGAGGCGUUGUUGCUCGGGCAUGGGAACAACAUCUGUGCACUCGAUGUCGCUUCCGAUGGAAAAUACAUCAUUAGUGGUGGUUGGGACUCUGAAGCCAGAGUGUGGCCUGUUGGCAAGUGGGAAUCCGAGGUCGUUCUGAGAGAGCAUCAAGGAAGUGUUUGGGGUGUCCUAGCCUACGAUUCGGAUACGGUGAUCACUGGGUGCGCUGAUAAGUUGAUUCGAGUGUGGACCACGAGCGGUAAACUGGUGAGGACAAUUCGCGGGACAGAAGAUUGUGUUCGAGCACUAUGCCGCAUACCAAAAGGUCAUCCAUCUGGGGCAGAUUUUGCUUCUGCGGGUAACGACGGCAAGAUCAGGUUUUGGACGCUUUCUGGACAACAAGUUGGCCAAUUUCAAGCACACGACAGCUAUAUAUACUCUCUUGCAAUGUCGAAGUCGGGUGAAAUGUUUAGCUCUGGAGAGGACAGGUCAGUCCGAGUCUGGAAGGGUAGCGAAUGCCAACAGACGAUCACACACCCAGCAAUUUCGGUCUGGGAUGUAGCUGUCUGCCCGGAUAACGGAGACAUUGUGACUGGAGCCAGUGAUAGAAUAGUCAGAGUUUUUACACGGGAUGUGUCUCGUGCCGCUGAUGCUGAGACCACCAGACAAUUCGAGGAUUCAGUAAAGCAGUCUUCAAUCCCUCAGCAAUCUCUACCAGAAGUCAACAAAGAAGAACUGCCAGGUCCUCAAUUUCUCAGCUCUAAAUCAGGUACGAAGGAGGGCCAAGUGCAAAUGAUUCGGGAACCGAAUGGGUCCGUUACUGCACAUCAAUGGUCUGCCGGCCAAGGACAGUGGAUUAACGUGGGCACCGUUGUGGAUGCAGUUGGCAGUAGUGGGAAGAAGGUUGAUUACCUUGGGAAAGAAUACGAUUACGUAUUUGACGUUGAUAUUGAGGAUGGCAAGCCGGCCCUGAAACUGCCUUAUAAUCUGUCUCAGAAUCCGUAUGAGGCCGCCACGAAAUUCAUUAAUGAUAAUGAGCUGCCAAUUACCUACCUCGACCAGGUUUCGGAUUUCAUUACUGCAAAUACCCAGGGAGCUACUAUAGGCUCACAGCAGGAGGUUGUGUCGGCACCUGAUGCCUGGGGCAGUGAUAACAGAUAUCGCCCUGGGGAUGAGGCUGCUGCCAGGACUACCACCGGAGCGCCGCCCAAGAUUGUUCCACAAAAAGAAUAUCUCAGUAUUCUGGCAGCUCGCGUCGCAGCGAUGCAAAAGAAAAUCGUUGAGCUGAAUCAAGCACUAAUACAGGAUGGUCAUAAGGAUGUCUCCUUAAACCCAGCCGAACUAUCCGCACUUGCAGGUAUAUGCGAAAAGCUAGGCUCAGCAAACGAAGCAAUGAAGUUGAAAAACGUUACCGAUGGACUCCAGUUGGCGGUUAAGCUCGUCACUGCGUGGCCUUAUAAGGAUCGCCUCCCAGGUCUCGACCUCCUCCGUCUACUGGCGACCACUUCGGAAAUGGCAUCGUACUCAUACAAAGGUGGCUCGAUACUUGACGUUCUCAUUUCUGCGUCAUCAGAAAACUCACCACCGUCAGAAAAUCAUGUUAUGAUGGCGGUUCGUGCCUUUGUCAACCUUUUCACGUCUGAUGAGGGACGAGUGUUGGCCAUGAAGCGAUUUGAAGAGGUACAGACAUUCAUCACCUCUCACCUCGCGAACACCAGUAACCGCAAUCUGCUAGUAGCUGUUUCUACGGUAUAUAUCAAUUAUGCCGUGUACUUUGCUACUGUACCCGAAUCCACAUCCUUUGAGCAUGUGGUCGCCAUAUAUGAUACACUCUCCAAACUUCUUACCACACAAUCAGACAGCGAGGUCAUCUACCGAUCUCUUGUCGCUACAGGAACACUUCUGACAUUGGAUGAAGACAGCAAAAAUGCUGCGAAAGAAGUUUAUGAUAUCAAGGGAGCCGUCGAUAAAGCCUUGAGUAAAGCAAGUGAUCCCAGGGUCAAGAAUGUCGGAAAAGAAAUAGGGUUGUUACUUCGAUAA